UUCAGCUGGCGACUGACAAAACUGAGCUGAAGAGAAGAGGUUUGGGGUCGACUUCCAACAUCACAGAGCCGGACUUAAAACUUCACUCUGAACAUAAGUCCUUUCCAGCCAACAUCAAACCAAAGUGUGGAGAGACUCUCUCACCCAGCAUAAUGAUCUUUACUAGCUUACACACUUCAGCGAGGACACCACAUUAACAGACUCCCUGUCGUCAUCUUGUAUCAUAUUGGAAUAUUGGAAUUAAAAUCCAAAUUUGGAUGUAUGUCCAUUUCCAACCUGGACGUAGCCAGCUUUCUGAACUCUUCAGUACCUUUUUUUUUAAACAGUAAUAUUCCCUGAUGAUCACAAGGGAAUAUGUCACUCUGUUUCUGGUGGGCUCUUGUUUCAUGUUGGACUACAGCUCCCAAAUCCCUGUGCAGGCUCAGCUCCAGAGCAGAACUAAGGGUGCAGUGAUGUCACCCAGGGGAGCAACUGGAACUAAGAGUGUGAGGGGGUCUGCGGGGGAAGUGACAUCUUUAGAAGGCAGAGGGAGGCUGAGGAGACAUGGGAGGUCGAGGGUCCAUCGUAUUAAAAGAGGAUGGGUGUGGAACCAGUUCUUUGUCCUGGAGGAGUACAUGGGGUCUGAACCACAAUAUGUUGGAAAGCUCCACACAGACAUGGACCAUGGAGACAAUGCAGUGAAGUACACUCUGUCAGGAGAAGGAGCUGGGUCCAUCUUCACCAUUGAUCAAAUUACAGGAGAUAUACAUGCACUGGUGGGGCUUGACAGAGAGGAAAAGUCCUACUACACACUGAAAGCCCAGGCUAUUGACAUCAACACUGGCCUCCCUCUGGAGCCAGAGUCUGAGUUCAUCAUCAAAGUGCAGGACAUCAACGACAAUGAGCCACGAUUCCCAGAUGGACCAUACAGCAGCAGUGUCCCUGAGAUGUCCCCAACAGGUAAGACUGCCAGAGUCUGAGAUGAGAUGAUGACAGGAGUCUUACUAAGCUUACAUAAAGCCUUCCUUUACUGUAUCAUUAUAUUCUACAGAGAAUAAAUAUUUAAUGACCCACUUCAAUUCCCAAAAAGCAGAACAGAAAACAUGUUCCUGCUAUAAGGUGUUAAUAUGUGAAGAAAUCACUGCAAGGCAUUGUGAGGCCAGGUCUGGAG